AUGCAUCGACUCGUUGUAGACGAUGUUGUGGAGGAUGUUCGGGGACCCUUCUCGGUCCAGGACCUUUCCCUAGCCAUUAAAGCAUUGAAGCAGAGCGAUACGCCAAGUCAGGAGACCUCGCCGCCCAGGACUCCCCAGUACAGCACUUUUCAGUUUGAGGCAGAUGGGUUAUCGGAUUUGAAGCCAGCCAGCAUUGACCGCAUCAGAGAGGACGAGGAACCUCUGGUGGCAGUGAUCGGAUGUGGAUAUGUCGGCACACAGCUCAUCGGUAGUUUUUCGACUCAGUAUGACGUCCUUGGCUUCGAUGUCUCCAAGGAACAACUUCGAAGGGUAGAGGCAGAGCAUGGCGGCGAAGGAAGCCGAGCUACCUUCACCCUUGAUCCUCGAGACCUUUCCAAGGCUACCCACUUCCUUAUCUCAGUGCCAACGCUUCUUAAGGCUGACAAGACCAUUGACACUUCCUACGUCAAGAACGCCUUAUCGAACAUUCGCACAUAUGCUCGAGCGGGUUCAACUGUAGUGAUCGAAAGUUCGGUCGCCAUUGGAAUGACGAGACAACUACUUGGCCCCUUGGCCCAAGAAAAAGGCUUUUUCGCCGGCAUGUCCCCAGAGAGAGUCGACCCUGGACGGACGGACCCACCAAUGAAGACAAUUCCCAAGGUCCUUUCUGGGUUAGAUGACGUCGUACCGGGAUCUCUCAACGCCAUCAUUCGUCUCUAUUCGCGCGUGUUUGACACCAUCGUUCCCGUUUCCACCCCGGAGACGGCCGAGAUGACCAAGCUAUACGAGAACUGCCAAAGGAUGGUAGCUAUCGCGUACGCCAACGAGAUGGCGGAUGCCUGCCUCGAUCAUGGCAUCGACCCUUACGAGGUGUGCAAAGCGGCGUCUACGAAGCCGUUCGGCUACACGCCGUUCACACCCAGUCUUGGUGUUGGUGGACACUGUAUUCCGGUCAACCCAUACUACCUCUUGUCUAACAGCCAAUUUCCCUUCUUGAAGAUGGCUACUGAGACUAUGUGGCAACGACCGGAGAGGAUCGGUCAGCGAGCACUAGAUGUCCUCUUCCAGGACAAGCCUCAGACGUCACAGAUCAGCCAAUUUAAGGGCAUUCGACCACGAGUACUUGUGGUCGGUGUUGGGUUCAAGGCUGGUCAGUCUCACCUAAGCAAUUCCCCAGGCUUAAAACUCAUCCAGACCCUCGCGGACUCGCGACGGGUGGACGUUAUGUUUGCCGAUGCGCUAGUAGAACAAAGCGCCAUCCCUAAUGUUCCUCGUCUAGACAUGGACGACUGGAACACAUCAAGUCUCGAAGGAUUCGACAUGAUCAUCGUUUCCUUCAAACAAACCGGGAUGGACUUCAAGAUUCUCGAGGAAUUGAAUAACGUCAAGGUCGAGAUGUGGUGUCCGUAA